AUGAGUAACCAACACAGCCCUCAGCCAUUUUGUUUGGACACCAAAUUGGUGAAACUAUUAGAAGAGCUCCAGGAGGGAAAGCAAUUCAACAAUAAAAACAUAUUCCCGGAAAAAGCAUUAUAUUUGAAGCUCGCUCUUGAUUAUUCUUUCUUCAGAAAGAAUUUACUAGAGUUUUGCGUCCACCUUGACAAGAUAAAAGGAGUCAUUAGACCAAACUAUGACACUAUAUAUAUUUUGUGCCUGUUGGAGGUGGAUCUCCUCAAUCUGGUAUUUACCGACAAUAUAUUGGAAAUAUGUUUGCCCAGGUUUGUUUCAAGGGAGGACUUGAGGGUUUUUAAUAAUACUUUUUACACAUAUCACGAUAACCGCCUACGUAUUCUCCAAGAAGACUUUUCUCAAUUGUUCAAAAAAAUCAAAACUAAGGCUUCUGUACUAUGUUUUACAGUUGAGGAAAUUUUUCUGACAAACCAAGAAAUUUUACCUCAAAACUCAACAGUGGCAGAACUGCAAAAGAGCACUAAUAAAGUACAGACAAAUGGGCCGCAACGGCACGAUUUCAUAGUCACUCUAGAAAUAAAACUGAACAAAACACAAAUCACUUUCCUCAUUGGAGCUAAAGGAACGAGAAUUGAAAGCUUGAGGGAAAAAUCAGGCGCCAGCAUAAAAAUAAUACCUAUUAGUGAUAAAAUGACUGCACAUGAAAGGAACCACCCUGAAUCUGUUCAACAAACAAUACUAAUUUCGGGUGACUUAUACUCAAUUGCAUUAGCCGUCACCAGUAUAGAGUCUGCAUUAAUUACUUUGGAUUUAUAG